GCGAGCUUUGUUUUCGUAGAACUAGCUAACCAGCUAACUAGCUAAACAUGUAAACACGUAAACACGUCGUUACCACUUUACAUCACCGUUUGUGGUUUGUUGCAUAAAGUUUAUAAGAAGUUUUCAUCGCGACAUGAAAGACAAGACCUUCUUCCGCAGUCAUGGCGACCACCUGUAGUCUCCUGGAAUGGAGUCUCCCUGGAACAUGUAUGACACCUUUAAAGAUGAGAUCUGGAAAGAGCUGGGACAACUGGACCCCGACUGGUUUCACGUCCUGUCAGCUCAAACUUCCACCAGUGAGGGAAAUGGAUCUGAUCAAGAUGAGCUCUGUGCCAACCAAGAGGGAAACUUCAAAGCCCCCUGUGACAGAACCGCACUGGAAAGUCAGCUGUUCUCUACCCCGAAAGUUUUCAGACGCAGUCGAGUUGUGUCCCCGGAAACUGAGGGUGAGCAGUCGUUCACUGCUGAGCAAGAAAAAGAAGCACGGCCCUGGAAAGAAACACAAAGUCCAUGUUUGUUUCAUAUGACAAAAGAGAGGAUCUCUGAAUCAAAAUGUGGACGUUUUGAUUUUCUUCAGACCUCACCCAAAUCCCCAGUUAGCUAUGCCAAGCAAAUAUCUGAAAGUCUAGGUGCACAGAUUCAUCCGGACAUAUCGUGGACGAGUUCUCUGAACACCCCACCUGCUGUGCCGUCCACUCUGAUUUUAUCUAAAACCGAUGAGAGUCCCAGUCCAAUGAGUGUUUCUGAAGACAGCAAUGUGGUUUUUGUACGGAAGCUUUUUCCUUCACUUUCAAAUGCAUCCGUAGCUACAGCAGUAUCACCCCAAAACAACCAUGUGCUGGUUCACACAGGUGUUGUUUCCCCUGAGGCUGCUCAGAAUCCAGAGUCCCAUAACUCCCCCCAGGAUUCACCGCAUCCAAGUCCGAGUGUUUGGCGACAGAAGCUUCCAGAUGCUAUUGAGGAUGGGGAUGUACGCAGCACCGUGGCCAGUGUUCUUGAUGGAGCGGAAAAUGUUCUCUCCAUGUUUUUCUCCAACAGUAGUUCAGCCUUGAGAAAAGUGAAAACUGACAGAAUCAAGAGAAAACAGAUCAUUUCGACUAAAGAACGAGUCGGCAGCUUUACGGACGUCUCGAUUACUAACAGCGCUGCCUCACUGGAACAGAGGACAGAUGAUCGGGAACCUGUCAAAAUAUCCUCACCCCCACCACAGAAGACUAGAGAUACUGGAAUCACCCAGUGGUCGCCAUUGAGUUUAUCUGACAUUCCUCCCUCGUCCGUAGAUUCCUCUUGCAGGGAUAAUAAUCAUGCUGCUACACAAGUGGACAACAAAACUGUACCAGAACAACUGCGGAGCAGCUCUGACUCUAGCCAGCUCACCAGGCCGCAUUUGACGGGCUCAUACUAUGGAUUUACAAAGAAAAAGAGACAAUUUGUUUACACCAUUGAGACUCCAAAACCACAAGCUCAGGGAAACGAACCACCGUCUGUGAAGAAUGACACCUCCCCCAGGAUUCCAGGGAACAAAGGGAGUGCCAAGCUGUUGGGUGAAAUCCAAGAUGAAGCAGACUGUUGCAGAAUCAAGGAGGAUGAGACACAAAAACAGAAAAAUGACACGGAAGAAAACGUUCCUCUUCCUGUUCAACCAAAAGCCCAGGAGCUCGACAUGUCGCAGCUCUGCAGAGAUUUUGCACAAGACUUCAGUCAAAUGUUAGGCCCAGGGAAACCAAGCAAAGUAGCAGAGGUUACUCCUCAAAAUGGCUUCUCUCCCUCAACUUGUCUGAACGCCAUGAAGCAAGCCAAGCAGAGAGGAAGACAAGCAAACGUUCCUCUUGACUGUGAUCACACCACUGAGAGAAAACCUGUUUCUGCCACUGCUCAGAAUUUCUCCAUCAAUGAGGGAACAGGAUUUGAUAGCGGAUUCCCCUCCGCUGUUGCAGACAUCUCUCAUCUGACUUCCACAUCCUUUAUUCUUCCAAGCUCCGAGAACAAUGCUCAAAGUCAACAAAAGACUGUCUUUAAAACUGAAACCCAAAGACCUGCUUCUUCCCUAUCUACAAAUAUUAAACAUGUAAAAUAUCAUCAAGGAGCUGAAACUGAAGCUAAGCUGUCGAGUGCAGUGAAGGAAGGCCAGACACUGGGCCCUUGCAGAGAGAGCGAGUUUCACAUAGAGAGCACAUCAACAGAACUGCCCAGUGGUGCAACAGAAGGUGUGGAUACCAUCAAUCACUUUCCAGCCAAGUUUCCAAGUGAUGGCAACUUUCCAGAGAGAGCAACGGUCUCUCUUCCUUCCGUCCAUGCAUCAGUAUUCAAAACCGCUUCAAAUAAGGCUAUAGAAGUUUCCCCAGCCCACCUGGAGCGAGCCAAGCAUCUGUUUGAAGAAAACAAAGCUGAAAGGCCCUUUAGUGCUGAGUCGACUAAAAGAGGCAGCGGAGCUAAAGAAGAAAUUCACACCAGUAUUGAUCCAGUGAAAAAUACAAUCGCUGCCUCAAAGCAGCCACCGUCAUCGAGUGAAAGAUUUGGGGAGAUAAGUUGUCAGCUAACGGCGUCACAGAAAGCUGACGUGACAGCACUGUGCACUCUCAUGGAGGAAGCAGAUAGCCAGUUUGACUUUACACAGUUCAAAACUGCAAAGCUACAGCAGCACUGUCAAGAUGAGGCCACCUCCCCACAAAAAGCGGACAAAGAACUUGACCCUGAUUUUUUUAUGGGUAUUGAUUUCGAUGACAGCUUUAGUUCCGAUGCUGAAAAGCAUAAAAUGACGUCAGCUUCCAACUGUGAGGCAUCAACUCUGACAAAUAGAUCCACACUGACAAAAGAAACUCCCUCCACUGAAGAUGCGUCUCCCUCUUCAAAGAGCAUCUCUGACAGAAGGCGCUGUAUUGUGUCAGCUGAACCCCAAAAUCCUAACAGAGCUGGGUUCACUGAGACAAGCGAGCAGGAGAACAAAACCCCUUUGAUGCCUAGUGUAGGAUUCAAAACUGCGAGAGGAAGUGAUUUGAGAAUUUCAAAAGAACAUUUGAGAAAAGCCAGAGCCUUGUUUGCAGAUUUAGGGGAAAAUCUGACUGAUCAGAAGUUGGGAGACAAGCUGAGCAGUGAUGCUGCUGCUAAAAGCGAGCAGCGACAGAUCACCAGCAUUACAGAUACAAAUGCUGCAUUGACUUUUAAUAACAGAAAAAUGGAAGCAUCUUCGUAUCAAAGUGAUUUCCAAUUGUCCAGUGGGAAGGGGGUUUCUAUUUCAGCGAAAGCUAUGCAAGAAGCAGAUUCUCUCUUCAAAGACUGCGACAUUACCGACAAUAAACCUGCUGCGUCUGUAAAACAUCAAAAGAACACCGAACAGUUUCCUACAGUCAGUCACACGAAAAGCCUUUUGAAAUUUAAAGGUAUGCAAGGAUUCAAAGAGAACUUUUCUGAAGAAGCAAUCGGGGAAUGUUCAAAAGCGAGUGCUGGACCAGCUGCCAGUCACACAAAGGUUGUACAGCACAAAUCGACUCUAAAAGCAUUUUCUUCUCCCUUGUGCUCGACAUCAAAGAGUUCUGGCUCCUCUGGAAUGAAUCAGUCGAACAAUGGCGGAGGAUUCUCUACAGCCAGCGGGAAGAAAGUCUGCGUGUCGGCUGAUGCGGUGAGAAAAGCUGAGCGUCUGUUAAAUGAAAGUCAUGCACCUGAGGACACAAAGAACCAACUGCAACAGGAAGGAGAUGCUUUAAGAACAGCUCAUGUGGCCGAUCAAAUUCAAGUUGGACCAAUUAAAAAUGGAGGGUUUCAAACAGCCAGCGGCAAAGGAGUCGUGGUCUCGGCCGCAGCUCUCAAGAAGGCUAAAUUGCUCCUGAUUCAAUGUGAAGCAGUCGAGGAUGAAAUCGAUGUAAAACCAUCUCACUCCAAGACGCCGGUUCGAGGUCUUGCAUCCAGGACAAGUGGAUUUCUUGCAGCCAGUGGGAAACCUGUGGGACUUUCAGCUGAGGCCCUCCGGAAGGCAAAAGCUCUUUUCAGUGACAUCACUCUCAGUGCAGAGCUCCCGGCUGUUUCAGACACAAAGGAGACUCAAGGCAACGCUGACAAUUCAGACAAAACACACUGUGGUUUCAUAACUGCAGGGGGAGCAUCAGGGGGCUUGUCUAAGAAAAAAAAGUUCAAAGCAAAAAACAUUUUGAAAGAAUUUGAUAACGGUUCUGAUUCGGUAGAAUCGCUGCAAGAAGCAGAGGCUUUCUUUGAAGACUGCGACAAUAUGGACAGAGACAACGGAACCAUGGUUAAGUAUGAGAGCAGUGUAGCACCUGUGAGGGGAGGCGACAGUGAGAAGGAACAAGAUCAGGGGCUGACAGACACUUCUGAAGAGCGUGGAAGUGGACACUCAGUAAACAAGAACGGUUUUCUGCAUCCCGGGGAUGUGAGGACACUUGAAGACUUGACCAAUGGAAACCCAUCAAAGCAUCUUUCAACCCGGUUGUGCACAACAUCAGAGAAAACUGGCACCUCUGACUUCAAAACAUUUAGCAGCGGUGGUGGGUUCUGUACAGCCAGUGGGAAAAAAGUGUGUGUGUCAGAUGAUGCAAUGACCAAAGCAAAGUCACUGUUGAAUGAAAGUGCUUUGGUUACGGAUACAAACAAAAAUCUGAAACAAAAAGAAGACAGUGGGACGCCUCAGAGUGUAAAAGGAGUCGCUCUUUCAUUUGCAGCCCAGAAUAAGGUAAAAACAACAAAUACCAAGUUGCUAGUUUCUUGUGUACCACAGAGGAAAGGGGGAUUCCUUGCAGCCAGUGGUAAACCGGUGGCAUUUUCAUAUGAAGCCCUCCAAAAAGCAAAAGCUCUCUUCAGUGACAUGGAUCUCAGUGCAGAGAUCCCGACUGUUUCAGGCACAAGAAAGAGCGACAAACACGAAGAGGCUCAGAAUAGUGCAGGAAAAAUAAGUUGUGGUUUCUCAACUGCAGGGGGAGCUAAAGUCAGCGUGUCAGCGACAAAUCUUCUGAAUGCAAAGAACCUUUUCAAAGAAUUGGCAGAUGAAGAGACUCCUCCCUCGGACUCGUACUCAAGAAGCCCACGUGCCCGCAAGUCAGAUCUAUCAAAUAUAGAAAAUGUGGAAAGAAGUACAGAUUGUACUUUCAUGACAGCGAAUGACAAGGACAUGUCUGCUGAGGAAAGUGUCCCUGAAGUCGUUGAAUCUUUUCCGUCUGUGCUGACUGACCCUGAAAAUGAAAUUCUCAGAGAAAAUGCCCUUAAAGGUGCAUCUGAGGUAAAAGAAGGUAAAACGUCCACAUCAUGGGAGAGCAAGCUCCACGACACUCUUAGAAAGGAAACAGCAAACGUGUUGGGUUGUGAAGUUCAACGUACAAACUGUGGUGAGGGACCCAAUUCCAAAAGGCCGGAGGAGUCUUCAUUUCAAAUGUUUCCAUCACUUCACUUCAGUGGCUGCUCUGAGACCCAGCAGAGGUUUCUCGCCCAGGAAGCGCUCGACUGCACCAAAGCUUUGUUAGAGGAUGAAAGUCUCUCCGUGACAUCAGAGAAUGAGCCAGUGCAAGAUUACCCAGGAUCCAAUGCCACAUCUGCAGAAGAACAGAAAGGAAGAGGGAAAAGAUUGGGAGACAAUGCAAAUAUGACUGGUCAGCCUCCCCUGAAAAGACGAUUACUGGAGGAAUUCGAUCGGACUGUUGUUGGUCCGAGAGGUUUAACACUACAGCCACUGAAAACUUGUCCAGACAGUGUAAUGAAAGACAGGAGAGCUUUCAAGUUUCAAACCUCUCCUCAUCCUAAUAUCACACAGCCACACAGGAACGGAAAAAACUAUGUGGAAGCCAAACUGCAAAACACAACACCAACACAACAGUGUACCUCAGGAGGAAGCAGAUCAGCGCAUUCAAACAAGCCAGCGUUUGCUCCUCCAUUCCUCAAGAACGCAAAGAUGGAGACCUGCAAGGAUGCAGUGCUCAAAGUCAACACAAGAACACCUCCUGCAUUUGUUCCUCCUUUCAAAAAACAAAGAACUAUUGUCCAAGAGAGUUCCUGUAAACCACAGCAGCAGCAGGAGGAGGACAAACAUCAGCAUCUCUUUGUAACACCCACUAACCGCAGCACUGUCUUACCGCCCACUAAGAAAACACAAAGCAGUACAGAUUUAGCUGGUAAUACAAGGAAAGGAGAUAUUCCACAGGUGGCCUUGGCCGACACAAAGCAUGAUUAUCUGACUGAUAAUCACAAUGUUCCCGUUGGCGGUGGUUCAGGGGACUCUGCUGCAAAGGCAACACGUGAGGACGACACGUUUUCCAGAAGCCAAGACAUGUUUCAGAAUCUUGAAAAUGUGGAGUUGGCACGGGAUAUGCAAGACAUGAGAAUCAGGAAAAAGAAGCGACAGACGAUCCGACCGUUGCCUGGAAGUUUGUUUCUAACCAAAACCUCGGGGGUUUCAAGGAUCCCAUUAAAAGCUGCUGCAAAUGGAAAGCUCCCUGGGAGAUACUCCUCAAAACAGCUGUAUGGAUAUGGAGUGCAUCAACAUGUGUCCGACAUCAGCAGCGAGACAGCCGAGGCUUUUCGCUUCAAUGUGCAUCAGUUCCUGAAACUGGAAGCGUUUACAGACGGAGGCGGCGUUCAGCUGGCCGAUGGAGGAUGGCUAAUCCCCAGCAAGGAUGGGACUGCAGGAAAAGAAGAGUUUUAUAAAGCCAUGUGUGACACUCCAGGUGUGGAUCCUAAACUGAUGAGUGAGGAGUGGGUGUUCAAUCACUUCAGAUGGAUCGUGUGGAAACAAGCCUCCAUGGAAAGAUCUUUUCCAGAAGCGAUGGGCGGCCUCUGUCUCACGCCACAGCAGGUUCUCCUUCAGCUCAAGUACAGAUAUGAUGUAGAGAUCGACCACAGCCGUAGACCCGCUCUGAGGAGGAUCAUGGAAAAGGACGACACAUCGGCCAAGUCCCUGGUUCUCUGUGUCUGUGGGGUCGUCUCCCGGGGACACUCCUCAAUCAGACCAACUCGCAGUGACACCAAGACUCCACAGGGGGCCGAUGCCAAGGUCGAAUCCCCCUUUGCAGUAGUUUGGCUGACGGAUGGAUGGUACGCCAUCAAAGCUCAGCUGGAUGAACCUUUGACUGCCAUGCUUCACAAAGGUCGACUGGCUGUCGGCGGGAAGCUGAUCGUCUACGGGGCUCAACUUGUGGGAUCCCAAGAGGCUUGUUCUCCUCUGGAGGCACCGGAGUCCCUCAUGUUAAAGAUUUGUGCCAACAGCACCAGACCUGCACGGUGGGACACCAAGCUGGGAUUUCACAGAGAUCCCCGGCCGUUCCUGCUGCCUGUCUCCAGUUUGUACAGCAAUGGAGGACCAGUAGGAUGUGUGGACAUUACCAUACUCAGAAGCUACCCCAUACAGUGGAUGGAGAGGAAACCAGAUGCUGGCGUCGUGUUUCGUUCUGGCCGUGCAGAAGAGAAAGAGGAGAGACGAUACAGCAGCCAAAACCAAAAGGCCAUGGAGAUUCUUUUUGCCAAGAUUCAAACUGAAUUUGAAAAAGAGCAGACAGGUAAAAACAAACCUCAACGCAGAAGACGCACAAUAAGUCGUCAGGAUAUUGCAAAUCUGCAAGAUGGAGAGGAGCUGUAUGAAGCAGUGGAGGAUGAUCCAGCUUACUUGGAGGCCCAUUUGAGUGAGCAGCAGAUGGAGACUGUUCAAACCUACAGACGCUCUCUGAUGGAGAAGGAACAGGCUGAGCUACAGGAUCGAUACCGUCGUGCUCUAGAAGCAGAGAGCGGGGACGGGACCUGUCCCAAACGAGACGUCACACCCGUGUGGAAACUCUGCGUUCUGGACUCUAUGGGCAGAGGCAGUGUUUACCAGCUGAAUUUUUGGCGACCCUCCUCCGAUCUUCAGGCUUUACUGAAGGAAGGCCGUCGAUACAAAGUUUAUAAUCUCUCCACUUCAGAGGGAAAGAAACGCAGCGGGAUCGAAACGGUUCAACUCACUGGGACCAAGAAAACCCAGUUUCAGGACCUGCAGGCCCAGGAAUGGUUAUCAGAACAGUUUCAACCCAGGGUUUCCACCAGUUUCCUGAAUCUUCAAAACCCAGAGUUCCAGCCGCUGUGUGGAGAAGUUGAUCUCACAGGAUUUAUCAUCAGUAUCAUGGAUGGACAGGGUUCCUCUCCGGCAUUUUAUCUGGCUGAUGGAGAACUGAACUUUGUUAAAGUGCGCUGUUUCAGCAGCUUCGCUCAGUCCGGCCUGGAGGAUGUUGUAAAACCACGUGUGCUGUUGGCUCUGAGCAACCUGCAGCUGAGAGGUCAGUCCCUGUCUCCCACUCCUGUUGUCUACGCUGGAGAUCUGACCGUCUUCUCUACGAACCCCAAGGAGGUUCAUCUCCAGGAAUCCCUCAGCCAACUCAGACACCUGCUCCAGGGUCAGCAGAACUUCUUCCUCACUGCUGAGGAGAAACUUUUACAUUUACUCAAGUCCGAUGGUCUAAGAUCCAUCUCUUCUCCAGCUGUCCACCCUCUAACCCCAGCUGGUGCAACUGACAGAAGACAAGAUACAAAGAAAAGCCUGAUCGCUCAGCAGCCAAUCAGAAGUGUUGGAUCCUUCACCCCUGUCAGCGGGAAUCUGUCUGCACCAACGUCUUUAACAGAGAAAGACCCCAAAAGCCUGAAGAGGAGAAGAGCUCUGGACUAUCUGUGUCGCAUCCCGUCUCCACCGGCUCUCUCCCAUCUGGGCUCGGUGGUGACUCCUUGUGUGAAGAAGACGUUCAACCCUCCUCGGAGGUCGGAGACACCGAGCACUUUAAAGACAGAACAGACUCCGGCUCGCAAACCUGUUGUCUCACCGAAGGAAGACGAAUGGGUGAACGACGAGGAGCUGGCGAUGAUUGACACUCAGAACUUGGGUGUUGGUGAUUUAAUGUAGAUGCAUAAGACUCUAUGAUGAUGAGUAGUGGAACUCUGGGAAGAACUGUACAAAUGUGAAUGGAAAGACAGACAGAUGUUUAUGGUUCAUAUUCUGUGGGAUGUUUUUUGUCUCACACGACUUAUUAAAAGUAUAAAACUGAAAAA